AUGCGCUUCUUGCUAUUUCUUUCUGCCGGCGUCUUAGCGCCCACUAUUAGCAGUGCUGCCCCAGUUGCACAUGACGAUGCUCUCAUCAAGAGAGAAAACUUGUGCAAUUUAAACGCACCUCCUGCUCUCUGUCAACCGGAUCCCACUGUCACCGUGGAAGAGACAGCACAGAGAGCUUAUGAUUUCUAUCGUGCAUUUGUAGUCGAUGGAGACCCCAGAAAGAUGUUUUCCUUAAUAGAUUCAACUUAUACACAACACCAUCCAGGGUACGCGUCUGGGCCUAACAACAUCUGGGGUAUUUUCUGCAGCGGAAACAAGCUUGGAAGCGAACAAAAUACGGCUUGGUGUUUCGAUGCCAGCACAAAUAUGUCAUACGCCCGAUACUCGACUACGGACAGGUGGCUCUGGCUUGAUGGAUGCGUUCACGAACACUGGGACCAAGGCGAGAGAAUCCCAACGGAUAAGUGCUAUCAGUUGAACCCAGAAGGCACAUCCUAG